UUAAAAUGACAAAGAGAGAGAGACACACACAGUGUUUGGUGAAAGUACUGAAUCAGAGUAGUGAAAGAAAAUGAGCGGUUGUUGGACCUAUUUUGCGCUGUUAUUACUUUCCUCGGCUCUUUAUUUCCAGUCAUUUCGAUGGUUUUAGUUCUUUGUUUUCAUCAUUCUCUUCACAUUAUUCGUCUCUUUUAGGUACUCACUCCUCUUUGCUUUAAAGGUUUUUUGGGUCCUUUGGCUUUUCCUUUUUCUCUCUCUCUUUCUGUUUGAAUUGGCAUUAUCAAAGGUUUUUAUCUGGGAUUUUUUCAAAUUGGGUUGAUUCUUGGUAUCUUGUAAAACUCUUUCCAUUUCUUGAGUUCUUGUUGUCUUAAACUUUAAGAAACCAUUUCUGGUUCUUUGCAACUUUGGUGUGGUUUAAGCCUGAGGUCUAUUCAAUUUCUGGGAUUACAAUGUUGCUGCGUUGAAUUUGAAAAGAAACCCUCAAUUAUGGGAGCUUGAAUAAUGCUAAAGCUAGGUUAGUCUUCGCAUUAAAGGUUCUAAAGUACAACUGAAGUUUGAAAUGUCUCUCACUCUUCUUCACUUUGGGUCUUACAUGACAUAGAUAAAGCCUUUUUCAAGUUCUAAUCUGAACUAUUGUUGGCUCUUCUUUUUCUGGGUAUCUGUCAAACUGAGUUGGAGAGAGAGAGAGAGAGAGAUAGAGAGAGAGCAUUAGAAAUCAUGCAUCUUUCGCUAUGGAAGCCCAUAUCACACUGUGCAGCUCUAAUCACAGACAAGAAGAGCCAGAGGAGAGAGAGUAAGAGAAAGCCAUUGGUUUUAAGACAAUUGCAGGAAAGCAAGCUCAGGGAGGCUCUUGAGGAGGCAUCUGAAGAUGGGUCGCUCGCAAAAUCGCAAGACAUCGAUUCUGAGGUUUCCAAUCAAGAGAAGAACUUGGGAAGGUCGAGAUCUCUUGCGAGGCUCAAUGCCCAGAAGGAAUUCUUGGUUGCUACUGCGCUUGCUGCAAAAAGACCAUUUUGCAGUGAAGAAUCCAUUCCUGACCUCCGAGUUGCAUUCUCUAAGUUCCUCACAAUGUACCCAAAGUUCCAAUCUUCGGAGAAGAUUGAUCAAUUGAGAUCGGAUGAAUACCAGAACCUCUCGGAUUCGUCUGCCAAGGUAUGUCUUGAUUACUGUGGUUUUGGGUUGUUUUCUUAUAUUCAAACUCUUGAAUAUUGGGAUUCAUCAGAUUUUAGCUUGAAGGAAAUAACUGCGAAUUUAGGCAAUCAUGCCCUUUAUGGGGGUGCAGAGAACGGUACUAUAGAACACAACAUUAGAACUAGGAUUAUGGAUUAUUUGAACAUCCCUGAAAAUGAGUAUGGCCUUGUUUUCACUGUUAGUAGAGGUUCAGCAUUUAAGUUGCUGGCUGAAUCAUACCCUUUUCAGACGAACAAGAGGUUGUUGACCAUGUUCGAUCACGAGAGUCAGUCUGUGAAUUGGAUGGCUCAUAGUGCCAAAGAGAAGGGUGCAAAGGUUUAUAAUGCCUGGUUCAAAUGGCCAACCUUGAAACUCUGCUCUAGAGAGCUGAGAAAGCAGAUAUCAAACAAGAAGAGGAGGAAGAAGGGUUCUGCUAAUGGGCUUUUUGUGUUCCCUGUUCAGUCCAGAGUUAGUGGGGCAAAGUAUUCUUACCAAUGGAUGGCGCUAGCUCAGCAGAACAAUUGGCAUGUAUUGCUUGAUGCUGGAUCUUUGGGUCCCAAGGACAUGGAUUCACUAGGUUUGUCCCUCUUCCGGCCAGAUUUUAUUAUUACAUCAUUUUAUAGGGUAUUUGGCUCUGACCCAACUGGGUUUGGUUGCCUUUUGAUCAAGAAAUCGGUUAUGAAAACCCUUCAAAAUCAAUCCGGUCAUACUGGCUCUGGAAUGGUAAGGAUUGUCCCAGUUAUCCCUCAGUACUUGAGUGAUUCUCUGGAUGAUCUGCAUAGACUUGUAGGGAUUGAAGAUAAUGCAGUCAAUGGGAAUGAAGAAUUGAUAUCUGAAAAUCCUGGGGUAUCUCAAUUACCUGCUUUUUCAGGCGUGUUCACUUCCACCCAGGUCAGGACUGUCUUUGAGACAGAGUUGGAGCAAGAUAACAGCUCAGACAGGGAUGGGGCGAGCACCAUAUUUGAGGAAGCUGAGAGCAUUUCAGUAGGGGAGGUCAUGAAAAGUCCAAUUUUCAGUGACGAUGAGUUGUCGGAUAAAUCAUACUGGAUUGAUUUGGGUCAGAGUCCUUAUGGGUCUGAUUCUGGCCAAUUGGCCAAACAAAAAUCUGAUUCGCCAUUACAACCAUCAUGGUUUUCUGGCAGGAGAAACAAUAAGCAACUAUCCCCAAGAAUUGUACCGAAUGUUUCUAAGAGCCCAAUAUAUGAUGACAGAAGGGAAAACCUCAGACCACAUGAUGAUCCUGUAUUAUCUUUUGAUGCAGUCGUGUUAUCAGUGUCACAAGAGCUGAACCGUGUUAAGGGGAUUCCUGAAGAAGAACAGUUUGCAGAAAUAGAUCCAACCACAGGAAAUGGCACACAUUUUGUGGAUUCCCUGCAUCCUGGAGAGAUUCAAGAAGAAGUUGAAAUUGAAGAAGACUCGGUGCAUUCUCUUUCCAAGUUGAGUUCUGCUUUAAAUGGAGUCAGACUCAAGGACCAUACUUCUGGCUUUUGGCAUGAUAAUCUUGAAUGUACUUCAACGCGCUCAAGCUCUAAAAUUUGCCGAGAAAUAAAGGAAAGUGCUAUACGGAGGGAGACAGAAGGAGAAUUUAGACUGUUGGAAAGGAGGAAAAAUAACAAAUACACUGAUGGUAGGUUUUUUGGUUUGGAAGAGAAUGCUCGAAAUGUAAGCAUGGGCCAUAGAGCAUCUUUUAGCUUGGAAGACUGCCAGAAAGAAAGUUCAACAAGCUGCUUGGAACCUGGGGAGAUAUCUCUAACUAGCGUCGAUGAUGAUUACAUGACUGAUAGAGAAUAUGAUGAUGGGCAAGAGUGGUGUAUGGAGGUGCCUGAGAUAAUCUGCCGGCAUCUUGAUCAUAUUAAUACGUUAGGUCUCAACAAAACCACCCUUAGACUGAGGUAUCUGAUCAAUUGGCUCGUCACCUCAUUACUUCAGCUUCAGUUCCCCAGUUCAGCUGAUGGUGUGGGAGUGCCUCUUGUACAAAUAUAUGGCCCUAAGAUCAAGUAUGAAAGGGGUGCAUCUGUAGCUUUUAAUGUGAGAGAGAGCAUGGAAGGGGGGCUGAUUCACCCAGAAGUUGUUCAGAAGUUGGCUGAGAAAAAAGGCAUAUCUCUUGGCAUUGGUAUCCUUAGUCACAUACAAAUUGUAGACAGCCCAAAACAGCAUCACGGGGCAUUUGGUCUGGAAGAUUUAGCCCUGUGCAAGCCAAUGACUAAUGGCCACCAAAAUGGUAAAAAGGUGUUCUUUCGGGUUGAGGUCGUAACAGCAUCACUUGGUUUUCUAACCAACUUUGAAGAUGUUUAUAAAAUGUGGGCUUUUGUGGCAAAGUUUCUAAAUCCAUCAUUUGUUGAAGAGGAUCGAUUAUCCACAGUCCCAGAGGACUUUGAAACAUAAGAUUUGGAGACUCGUAUGGAUAUUUUUAUUUUUUUGGUUCAUUUCGAAAGAAUAUGGACCCCUCUGCAAUCCCCAGAACGUGGGCAUCCUCAAGUCAGGGUUGAUUCAAGUACUCUGAUUUUGUAUGAGAUGCUGAUGUAAACAGGAGAGCGCGCAAAGGUACUGUUUUUGUGAGGCCUGUUUCUUUUGCUUUCCUUUAGGAGCUCUUCCUUUGGAGAAGAUGAAUUUCAUUUUUUUUUUUUUUCUUUAAAUCCUAUUUUCAGUUUAUAUAGUCUGGUUUAAAAACAAUUAUCAGAGAAGGAAGUUCUUUUGGAAUUAAAUAGAGUUUUAUUAGAUUUUCUGCUUUUGUUCUAUUAAA